AUAACCUCGUAGACGCACGCCGCAGGUGUCUGACUUGCUUAGGCGAUGGCGGACGCUACAGUGAGUGAAACGGAGGAUGAAGUCGUUUCUUCGAGCUUGCUUGUGCUAACUGGUGACCAUCCCACUCAUUUUUCCCCUGGUGAUCGCUGGAAUCUCUGCGUGGAAGGUUGGGACACAGAUGACGGACGAGAUACUGCUUCGGAGUCGGUGAGGAAUGCCAGCCGAUGAACGGAUCCGGAAGAACACGUGGGAUCGACGGAAGACUCUGAAAUCGAUCAGCUCCUGCUUGCUGCAUCUCAAGACUACGAGGCGGCGGCGGUGAGCGCGCGCGAAACGGAGGAGGAUGACAGUAGCACUAACCAUCGUUUUGGUGCGCCUGAGAGGCUAGAAAGUCUGGAGUGCCGCCGAAGACUCGUAGGCAGACGUCUUGGGCUUGCGGGGUGUAGUUGUUCAUUAGUGGGAAAGCAGCUAUUGCAUAAUGAACUAUGAACGUUAUGUAACCAAAAGCAACAGGUGUCUAACUGACAGCUGGCGGUCUACGUGAAAUAAGACACCUGAUUAUACCAUACAAAAUUAUGCAUGCCAUCGUCUAAGUGACCUCACAAGUAUGUUGCUUACCCCUAGGGGUUACACCUAAACAUUCACUUCCAAAAGACUAUACUAUGCAUCUAUUACACACAUUUGCCUAACUCCCAUAUGAUGUUCUGCCUCAUGCGCCGAACUGUUAACCCUCCUAAGCAGUGGUAAAUAAACAUAUCUAAUAAGAAUUGCAUGCAACUGCGAGAGCUGCCGGCAAAAAUACAAUAACCAUUACAACAACACUAACAACAGACACAACGCAACACCAUACACCAGAGAUUGAUUUAUUUAGAGCACCUUCUAUCAAAGUGCUCUGUGGAAAAAACCACACUCAGCCAAAAAAAAACCUAAUCUAAUCUAAUUUCCCUAAUCUCUGAGGGAAAAAUUCUGAGUGUGGAAAAACCCGCUAGCUACACCUAAACAUGUACUAUCAGUCAGUCUCCGACAAAUAGCAGCAAGCAGCUGUUCCUUCACUGCUCUUUCCAUGACACUACUUCCACAAUAAUCCUUGUGGCACAACACUCCUUAGCUGUCUCCAUAUUGUCCCUGCAAAGUAAGAACUCAGCAGAACCUCCACUAAAGUAUUAUUUUCUGUCUAAUUCGCUGCGCUCAAACGAAAUAAAAUACAUGUACGAAAUAAAACUACAUCUAUAUGCACUUCUGCCUCAUCAGGCCACACUCAAUACCACUUACCUGACAAUCAAUGACGACAUUUUUUGCUUACUUUAAAGUAAAUUUUGGAGUAGUUUAUGUUUCACCAGUUCACCCUUCAACACUGUGCCUAUAAGUAUAAUACUUCAUCUUUGCUCCUACAUUUUAUGAUCAUUUCAGAUCCAACAGUAAUCUUGAGAGAAGCCAUGAAGGAUGGCUACAUUCCCCACAAAGACGACCUGUUCCUUAUUAACGGACCAGGAGGGGUGGGCAAGUCAAGUCUCAUUUCCAUGUUCCUCGGGAAACAGAGAGAUCUCGCUCGUGUCAGCACUGCAGUCGCGGAAGAGUCCCUCCACCUCUGUCCCGUCCGAGAUGUGUCAACCUCAACCUUCACCGGUCAGUGGGAACUGGUGGACAUCGACCGUCAGGCACGCAUGGUUGCCCACACCAGUCGACACCUUCUCACUAGUGAAGGUGUUCAGAGAAUAGAAGCAUCAGCCGAAAAUGAGGAGCAAGUCGAAGCUUUCCUUGCUUCUCCUCCCGAGUUACUACAACAAACACCAACAAAGAAAGGCGAGUUGGCAAAGAUAGCCUCCAAGCUCUUUGCUGGGCUGAGAAAAUUGGUGAAGAGAUCACACCAGGCUGCAACCCCCGAGACUGAGCCCUCCCUGGCCACCACACUGGGAGAUGACACCGACAAUAUUGAGGGUAUGUUUGCUCGUUUCAACGAAGGUAUCAAGGGCAUCAUCCGUGAUCCACUUGAUUUCGCCAAUCUGCUUCUCCACUACUCCAUCCGCCUGCUUGACUCGGGAGGCCAGCCACAGUUCCACGAGGUCGUCUCCAUUGUCUUGCCAGCUGUCACGGGCAUCAUCUCAGUCUUCAAGCUCUCUGAGCCUCUUGCUGUUCACGGAGAGGUUGUGUUAUACAAGGAUGGGGUGCAGGCCAACGAUCCUUACAAGUCAUACCUCACCAAUGAGCAAGUGAUCCGUCAUGAUCUCCUGGCCAUCCAGUCAGAAGCCAGCCGCAGUGGUAACAAGGAGAUACCCAAUCUUGCUUUUGUAGGCACAUUCGUUGAUCAGAAGGAUGCCUGCGCCGAAGAAACGCCUGAUCAGAAGGAUGAGCGCCUGCAUUCCAUCAUCGCUGAGAUCCUACCAGAAGAGCUGCGACAGUGCGUUAUUAGUAAUGGUGGGUCGCUACGGCAGGUGACGUUCAGGGUGAAUGCCCGAACACCCAGCGACGAAGAUUACGAGACAGCAAGACGACUGAAAGAGGCUCUGAGUAGGCAGUCGCAGUCGAAACCUAAAAAUCUCCCACUUAAAUGGUGUGGAUAUGAAGUAGCCAUUCGCAAGCUUAUGGAGCAGCUCAACCGUCAGAUUCUGAGUCUGCAGGAGUGCGAGUUUAUUGGCUCCAAGCUUGGCUUCGAUCCCCCAUCCCUGAAAGCGUGCCUCAACUACUUGCGUGAGCUCCACAUCUUAUCAUUCUAUGAUGCCCUGCCCAAUGUCGUCUUUGGCAGUUGUCAGGUGAUCCUGGACAAGAUCACUGAGCUUGUCACCUACAGCCUCGAGCUAAAGAAGGGAAAUCGUCCACUCGGCGGGCUUGAGCGAAAGUUCCAUCAGCAAGGCAUUCUCACUCUAGAAAUCCUCAAGUCCGAAGCAUGCUCCAAGCAUUACAGUAGUAACCACUUUGCACCAGAGGACCUGCUGAAUGUUCUCAAGUCGCUUUUCAUUGUCACGCAGGUUGGGCCGGGGAAAUACCUCAUGCCUUGCAUUCUGGAAGUCGGUGACAUCUACCCUUACCCCCAGCCUGCUCAGGACAACGUCCGAUCUUCCUUUGUCCUCCACUUUUCUAAGAAGAGCCCGAUGCUUGGAAUCUACUGCUGCACCAUCUCCUACCUGCUGACUGUGGCUGGCUGGAAGCUGUUGUCAAGGGAUGGGGAGGUAGCUCAGGUAGCUAGGAACAGCAUCACUUUCGAACUGCCUCAAAAUCUUCCCGGGAAACUGACUUUCCUCGAUCCCCUUUCCUCCUACCUGGAGGUAGCUGUCGAUCUUCAAUCUGUGGGUGCACAGCACAGCACAGUGCUCUACAAGGAGAUUCGCGACACGUUUGUCAAAGCAAUGAAGAGCGCAAUGAAAACCCUCCACUAUGAGGUGAGGACACCAGAACUGUCCUUCCUGUGCCCUGAGCCGAGCUCUCUAUGCUCCACCUUCCCUCAUCUUGCCACACUCAAUACCACUCACAGCUUUCUCACCUGCUCCCUUAGUCCAGACUGCGUGGCCCAUCCUCUCACUCCUGACCAGAAGAUGUGGCUCCCUACUCCUGCAGAAGGUCCUGAAAAGAUGACAAACCGAAGACGACAGAAAAAAGCCACCGCAGCUGCUCCUAUAUCAAUUCCCCCCACCUCCCAGCCUCCCCUCUCUGUCUCCACAGCUCCUGCCUCCUCUACCACUGCCACCACUACUACCAACACUCCUGGUGAGUUCUGAGCUGAUGUAAUUAUUAGAUGACAUUUUUAGCGAGCGGGAGCGAUCCAACUACAGAUAUACAGCCACUGCCACCACUACUACCAACACUCCUGGUGAGUUCUGAGCUGAUGUAAUUAUUAGAUGACAUUUUUGGCAAGCGGGAGCGAUCCAACUACAGAUAUACAGCCACUGGUGAUCACAGGGAGGAGUAUAGUUUGUCAUCCUCCGCUGCUGGAGGUGUGCCUCUCGUGCGUGCGAUGCCAGCAAGAAGGGCGUGCUUU